UUCAUCGCGAACUAAAAAUCGAGAUCCCGUAAAUAAACGAUGGCGUUCAGCGAUGAAGAAGUUGAAAAAAUAAACAAAUUCAUGAAAAAUAUGCCAGUAGAGAAGUUCCAACCUUCGCAGGAGGUCUUAGAUUCUUUGCAGAUGCUAUCAGUCGUGGAAGAAGAAAACGCGUUACCAGAAAAGGAUAAGGAGAUUAAUAAGUCAACCGAAUACCGUGAAUUGCAUAAAGAAUUGUUAGAUCUCAACGCUGAUGUAAAGUUGAUGAAAAGAAAGAUUAAACAUCUGCAGAAGGGCAUUAAAGUGGAUGAACCGCCAAAGUCAGAAAAGGAACGUAAAAUAGCUGCCACUGUUGCUACUAUGAAGUUGAAUAAGCGUCUAAUGAAGAAGAUCUUAAAGAAUACGAUGAGGUCAUACGCACGCAAUACUGUAGUAUCAACCAGCGCUCAUUUUGAGCAAGAUAAAGUUUCGAAUCCCGAUCGCCUCAUUGGGCUUAUUGACCAAGCAGUUGAUCUUGACUUACAGGUCAUGUACAGGAUCGUAGAGAUACGGAAGACCAUGAAGGAUACAGAGUUCUUCACGCGCGAGCUUAACAAAAAUAUACAAACGUUGAAAGCGGAGUCGAAGCGAAUAUUUGAACUAGAUAAGGAGAUUGAAAACAAAGCAAUCAACCAGCUAAACGAACAGCAGCGAAAGAAGCACAAAAGGCUAAAGCAGCUGACUAAGAGACAACGCAAACUGCGUAUUAUAGAUGGCAACAUCCUUCAGUGUCUGAUCAUGGAGAUCUUCCCCAGAUGGGCGAAUGAGCCAUUAUGGCUAGAAUCACUCGAGAAGUUCGGUGACAAACUCUUAUAUUAAAAUGACCCUACUUGAUUAUCCAAAGAUACCCAGAUCUAGUGUACAAUAGAACAAAGGUUAAAUAUA